GGAUCGUAGACAGACCGAGACGGAGAUCGAGUGGGAGGGUGAUGGGAUUGAAGAGUGUGGAUCUGGGAGCUGUGAGGGCCUCGCGGUGGUGACGCAGGAAUCACGCAUUUGCAUGUCCAGCCCGCUAUCGCCAGUGCCUGCCAUUGCUUGUUAGCGCCCUGCCCCGAGCUGGCUGCGCUGAAUCCGCACUCUCUUGACUCACCCCUCGGCCCCGAAAUAGCGUAGCGUCUUGCCGAUGUAUUUUUAGCAAAGGGUUUUGGUUGCCGGGUUCGGCUUGCUAGGAGGAGUUUUGUGACCUUGAGAGUCGAGGGGUGGAGAAAGAGGGUAGGGAGUGCAAGCACGCAGGCAGGCUAUGGAUCUGGUGGCGGGGAGAGUGAUGGAAGUCGCGUGACGAAGAACCGUGGAGGUGGGGGCAUACCCGGGAAUGCCUUGGUGGUAGCAUGAGUGGCGACUCUAUCGAAGGGUGCCUGUGCGUAGAGGAGCUCCGCCAGACGGGUUGGUGUGUGGAGGGCGUGGAGAAGCGGGCGGGAGGGCGAACAGGCGUCUUUUCGAGUCCGAUGACAUGCCGCAGGGUUUAGAGGUGUGUGAGAAUAUUUUAAAGUACGGUGGGUCCGUUCUGGUGCGAUGCAGAUGGUGUUGUGGAGAACCGUUCUGUUGUGGGAGAUUGAACGAGACAGAGAGAACAGAGGAGAGGAAGAAAGGUUUUUCUUUAUUUUGGGAUAGCGUGGAUGUUGGUUUGAAUAGCACGGGGGAAAGAGUGACAGUUUUUGUGGAGUGUAGGCUGUGAUCGAAGCUCCAGAUUCUGAAAACCCGAAAGUGAGGUAGUGCUGUGGACACAGUGGAUGCCAGCGGUGCCGUCAGGUCAGCUGGAUGAGUAGAUUCUUCUGCGUUGCACGGUGACUUGUGAAGCCUGCGAUGGAGAUAUAUUCGGUGGACAUCAGUGUUAUUAUGUUUGUGAUUUCUUAGGUUGGGGUGCACUUUGGAGCUCCUGUGACUAGUUCUGCCUUUAUUAGUAGGCGCCGCACUAAACACCUCUGAAUGCCAUCCUAGGGGAGCUAUAUCUCCACAGAAGUUCUCACUACAUAGCCUCUCAGUGCAGAUGCGGUGCAACGGGUGAGAUCAUCCGCGGCUAACUAUCAUCGGAUUUAGCACCCUAGAACAGAGAUCAACGCAGAAGUAGUGAAUAAGGCGUCUCGACUCUUUCGCAAUUAAACAUGGAGGACCAGUUCGCCAACAUAUUACAGCGAAACUAUGGAUUGAAGGCUGUAGGUAAAUCUGCAUCUUUGGGGCCUCGGUCAGAAGAUAGGUAUGCGAAAUCAUUGGAUAGAGGGACAAGUGUUGGAAGUGGAAUUGGACGCAUCAAUCAAUCUGCCGCUGCCGCAGUAUUUGCAGUAGGUGAUAAUAUUGAUACUCGUUCUCAAGGACAGAAUGGGUCGAGCAAAUCAAGCACCCGACAAUCAGAUCCGCUCUCGACAUAUGGAAGCUCACUUGAUGAAGGUUUUCGCAUGCCUUCAAAAAGCUCUAGUGUGGGAGUAUUCGAAGAGAUAUUUAGCGGCGCCAAAUCAGGUUCUGCUUCAAGCUCAAGCUUUGCUGAGUUUUUGGAUGGUAGCUUCAGCAAAUCAACUGCUCGAUCUUCUGAUAGCCCUUACAGUGAGGACAUUCCUGCCGUUUUCUUCCAAAGUACAAGGCCAACAGAGCAUCCGAUUCAAAAGAUGAAUGAGCAAGAAGCUCCAGCAGAUGUUGGGAGAAGACCAUCUCGCUCUGGACAUUCGAGAAGAUCUGCAGAAGAGGAAUUUUUGGAUUCACUCCAAAGGGAUCCUAAAACCAAUAGUCACGCGGGAUCAGUUCCCAGUUCAUAUGAUAGUCCCAAAUCGCAAUCUUCUAAAUAUUUUGCAUCAGUUGAAUGCGACAGUCCUUUGAAAGGCAGUUUCAUGAGAGGGUUUGGACGGUCUAGGACAGCUAGAUCAACUCCACAAUUUAGUCACAGGGGGGGAGAUUCUCUAUUUGAGCCAUCGUCUGCAGAAGGAGCCAGUAGUCUGACAGGAAGCAGGUUGAAUACUGACUCAAACCACAAGAUAGGUUCAGCCAGGUCAUCUCCUUCUAUGGAUGGCUCAGAGGCAGAAAUUAUCGGAAGAAUGGAUUCAACUCCUGGAUUUACAAUACCCGCUUCAAACGACUCUGCUUUCCCAGACCUCAAUGAGCCUUAUGCACCGUCUAGCACGGAUUUGCCUACGAAACUCCCUAGUCCACUCAGGAUGUCCACUUCCGAGCCAAGGGCAGGAGAGGCAUCGCUUGAUUCAUUGGAUGAGGUGUCCAAAUCCCCAACUAGUGCGACUGCCAACACAAAGCAGACGGAUUCUCCUAAUUCAGGUCCAGGUCCUUUUGUUUCGGAAUCUAGAAACCAUGCCUCGGCUCAAGAAGUGAGUUCAAGCAAAGAUGAAGGUGUUCCCAUGCGAAGGGCUUUCGAUUUAAACUCCACGGGCAGUCCUAUCGCAUCCUCGUCAUUUGCACACACGGGAACCCGCAGAUCUACACGCACUGGCGCUAGUCGCUCGAAUGGUCCAUCGCUAAAUAUUGAGGAGCCACUCACUAAGUUUGAGGUAAACAUGCCGUCAGCUGGAGGAUCUGGAGAACCACGUAGAUCUCGGAGAAAGCCAGACCCAUUGGCAGAAGUAUGGCUUACGGUUGACCAGAUUAGACUUGUUACUAAGCCUUCACCUUUUCCACCUCCCUCCAGACCUCCUCCUCCUUUACCUCCCCUUGCAAGGCAUCAUUCUUCCUCUGACAGGCAUCGUUCUGGUUACACGAAGUUUUCUGAAACCCCGAAGCAUCAACCUAGCCAGCCUCCGCAAUCUUCUGCAACCGACAUACAUCCUAGUCCUAAAUCCCGGUCAUCUGGCACUGAUAGACCUCAGCCCAGCCAGAAGGCCCAGUCACGCUCAGAUGUGGAAAGACAGCCCUCCAAACAGCCGAGUUCUGGGAUGGAAAGGCCAAAUGGAAGUGCCGAAAAGCAGGCGGCGAACCAGAAAGACGGGUUUGUUUUGCCAGAGGUCACUAUUGUUGACUUGGGUUCAGAAAUUAAGCCAUCCAGAGAGGAUAGGAGGAGGAUGCGUGAGCAAAUUGAGAGGGAGCGACGCCGAGCUAAAAGGGAGGAAGAGCGUCUUAAGGAGAAGGAAAGGCUAGAAAAGGAAGGUCUGAGGGAUUCAAUCUUCAGAGACUCCGAGCCAGUCGGCGGCAGAGAACCUUCUCGGCCGAGGGAGAGCAGGCGUGAGAAAGUGUUUGAUCCUAGAGAGCGUUAUUCUCAGGAUCCGGCAACCAGGAGAGAAGAAAAGGAUAAUCAAUACCGAGUCCUCAGGCAGCAAGAAAAAGAACUGCAGGACAGGUUAGUUAAACAAGAAGAGGCAAGAGAAAGAGAGAAUGAAAGAUCAAGUGAAAGACUAAGAAGAUCUCAAGAAAAGGCUGCUAUGGAGGCACAGGAGCGUGCUGAAAGAGCAGCGGUGGAGAGGGCUGUGCAAGAAGCCCACGAGCGGGCAGAGAGAGCAGCUCGUCAAAGGGCAGCAGCUGCCAGAGAUAAAGAGCGUAUGAAAGAGAGGGAGAGAGAAAGAGAAAGAGAAAGGGAUAGGGAAGAGGAAAAAUUACGGGAUAGGUUGAGGGAGAAGGAAAGAGGACUUGCUGAACAAUUACGCAGCAGGGACAACUUCCGUGCCACCAGUGAACCACGGCAACGACCCACAGUCUCGGUCAAUCCUCCCUCAGGAGGACUCUCUAGAUUUUCAUCAGGCGAAAAUCUCAAUAAUUUCUCUGGUACAUCAGAUACUCGAAAAUCACCUUCAACGAAGAGGGCCGUUGAUGACUGGACUAAUCUUUUCACCCAACCGUCUGGAUCAGAGAAGGUUCAGGAGAUUCCAGGAGAGCCUGCAGAUAGAAGGAAACUGCGACUGGAAAAGCAAAUGCUUAUAGAAGAGCGGGCUGCCAAAGCUUUACAAGAGAAAAAUAUGCGGGAUCAGGCAUUACAGCGCGAGCAAGAGGAAAGACAGAGAUACUCGAGCACACUGGAUGCAGAUGUGCGACGUUGGUCUGUCGGGAAGGAAGGCAAUUUGCGGGCUUUGCUUUCCACCUUACACCUGAUGCUGUGGCCAGAGUGCAACUGGAAGGUUGUAUCGAUGUCGGAUCUUGUCUCUGGUCCUGCCGUCAAGAAAGCCUAUCAGAGAGCAAUACUUUGUGUGCAUCCUGACAAAGUCCAGCAGAAAGGAGCGAAUGUGAAACAAAAGUACAUUGCGGAGAAGGUUUUUGAUCUUCUCAAAGAUGCGUAUGCGAAAUUCAACAGCGAACUGUACUAAGUCAUUUAUUCAUCACUAUGAUCUGCAAUCACCCGCACAGCACCCUUGUUUUCACAGUGUCAUGAAUUCCUGGCGCAGGUUGUGGGAUGUUGGUUGAACAUCGAUUCCUUGGUUCCCUCUCUUGCCGUAGCUGUCGCAACGUAUGAGCUCUCCCAAGCUCAGUCGAUACCUCUAGCUUUAUUGCCUUUAUUUUGAGACUUUUGUGCCUCGACGGAGUUUUUUUCGAGUAGUGCUGAUGAUGUUGAGCCUGUGGCACUCCAUCCCGUUUCCUUCUUGUUAAGUCAUGUGAAGCUUUUAUGUCCUACAGGUUUAUGGGGCAAACAGAAGUUUCUUGUAAGCUGGUCCACCUUGUGAAACACAUGCCUCGUGCUUUGACUACAUGCGUUCCAAUUCUGCCUCCGAGAGUGCCAUGCCCAUUGUCACUUGACAUUGGUAGUUGGCUGGAUGCUGUCGAAGAUUGUCAGCACAAUGGUGGAAAACAAUGCUCUCCACUCAAGUUUGAAGAAGACUGAUCAAGGCUCCAUCAUGAAGUCCAGUUCCUCCAUCCCCACAAGUGCUACCAGAUCUCGAACCCAUCUGCAUUUUUCACUUUGAAUUAGCCCAUUUAUCCGUUAUUAUACACUGAUGUUAGUCUUGUACAUAAAAUGGUUCCAGAUCUCUCUGUUAGAAAUUGGGCUUGUUAUGUUUUUAUGACAUUCUUAAUCCCUAAACGUCCAAGCCUUUGAUAGUAGCGUCAAGCCCCCUUUGCAUGUAUGAUUUGCCUAUCAAAUGUUUGCGUAGUAAAUAACUCUGUAUUUUUAAACCCCAGGAUCAUCUCUUUCAUUGUGGUCUUGAGACGGUUCAAUUUUGUUUUGGUAGGGACGAAAUCAUAUAAAUGACAGAAACUCUCAAUGAU